CAAAGGCACCCACUGCACUCAAGUACUACAGCCACUGCCACAAUCCUCUUUGUCUGUCUUUCUUUCAGGAGUUCUUCGGAAGAUGGGCUCCAAGAUGCUUCUGGUCACCGUUCUCUUGGUGGGCAUAGCCUCUCAGAGCUAUGCCACCAGGAGCCUUGAGGGGAACCACUUGGCUGAGCAGAAGUACGGCGGCGGCGGCUACGGAGGUGGCGGUGGGGGCUCGGGAGGUGGUGGCGGCUAUGGAGGAGGUGGCAGCGGCGGCGGGGGUGGCUAUGGAGGAGGCGGCGGCGGCGGUGGCUACGGAGGAGGAGGCGGCGGUUACACACCGACGCCAACACCGUCGACCCCCAGCCACAGCGGAUCCUGCGACUACUGGAAGGGCCACCCGGAGAAGAUCAUCGACUGCAUCGGCAGCCUGGGCAGCAUCCUGGGCUCCCUCGGCGAGGUGUGCCACGCCUUCUUCGGCAGCAAGAUCCACACCCUGCAGGACGCGCUGUGCAACACCCGGACCGACUGCUACGGCGACCUGCUGCGCGAGGGCGCCGCCGCCUACAUCAACGCCAUCGCCGCCAAGAAGGAGAAGUUCGCCUACACCGCCUACCAGGUCAAGGAGUGCGUCGCCGUCGGGCUCACCUCCGAGUUCGCCGCCGCCGCGCAGGCCGCCAUGUUGAAGAAGGCCAACUACGCCUGCCACUACUAGGCUAGGCUGCCGCCCCAGCUGCUAGUCGUCUCGUCGGUGGCUAAAUAAGUCCAUAUAUGCAUGCACGUGUCGUGCAUGUGUUUUCAUUUCAUGCAGUUCCCGGAUGCGCGCGCGCGUGUCCUCCGCUAAGCUUUAUGUGUUUGUUUGCCGUUUGAUGAUGCAUGCCAUGCCGUCUCGUCUACGUAGUGAUGCUUUGCUUGCUUUUUGUCGUUGGUGAUGUAAAAAUAAUUUGAUUAUUAGUGAAAGAAAGAUAUAGCAUGCA